UUAUACAUUUUGGUUGCAUCUUAUAUGUUUCGAAUAAUAUCUUACUUUUCUAUUUCGACAUCUCCUUGUGACAUUGCAAUUAGCAUUUUUUUUGGGGGGGGGAGGGAGUUUACGUGUGGAAGUGGUUAGGCUUGCCCAGGGUGCAAAAUUGGCACCGGCAAUUGCCUGAGGUGGCACAGCAAAUUGUGACACAAAUAGGCACCCAUAUUAUACUCAAGAAGGGGAAAUGCCCCAACAGCAUUUCUUAGGAGAAAGCAAGCAAGCAAUAAUAACUAACAAUUUGCUGACUUUUCAUGAGACCGAAAAGGUAGAGUCCUCUGUAGGGGGUGAGCCUGCCUCUCCUUGCCCUCCUGCUGCUUGUGAGUGUGUUUAUUUUUGCUUUGCAGGCAGAUUUGGGUGGUUUUUAGUUAUUUCCCUACCCCACCAAAGAAGCUACAGCACUCCAUGGAAGUGUCAUGGAAGAAAUUCAACUGGUGAUGCUUUUCUCAGCUUGAAGGUGCAGGGGUAGGAAAAGGUUCUACCUAGCAAGUUGGUUUUGCCUGUGGUGCACCUGCAAAAAUAAAUGAAGGCCAGUACUGGAGAGAGUUGGGUUUGGAUUUGAGAAGGCUUGAGUUCAAAUUUGAGAAGGGCUAAGUUAAGUUCCUGUUGAGCCAUGACGUUCUCUUAAGUGACCUUGGGCUAGUCAGUAUUUAUCCUAGUCACAAAGCAGCAGCAAUAAAAUGGGUGAACUCUAUGUGUAUCUUGGCUUGAACUCCAUUGAGGAAGGAUGGUAUAUUAAUAAGUCAGUCUUCACACACCUACACAGUGCUUCAACAUUAUUGCACUGGUAUAGUUAUACCUGUAACUCCAGGGAAGUAUCCCUGCAAUAAGCUUCAAGUUUACAGCGCCAACCUACAGCUUCUCUUUGUACACGCAUCAUAAACAUUUGUUUAGUGCAGUAUAUUUUAUUUUGUCGUAAUUACCGUACAUUUUUUAAAAGGUUAUAAUAUACUACACUAAAAUUGCAAUUCUGACCACACUUAGAAAGAAAGGAAAGAGCUCUAUUGGAUUCCAUGUCAUAGGAAUGGGUUAUAAGUUACCUUACGUUCUUCAUCAGAAUGUUAGCUUUCCUUUUUAUCCUACCGAUGAAGAGAUGAUGUAAUUUACACAAUUCUAUAGUACAGGCAACAACCAAUUUAUGCACCCGAACCUGGAAGUGACUUUAAAAGUGGCAAAAAUGGCCCUAAAAGAGCCCCCAAAGGGCACAAAAACAGCACCUAGCAACCCACGAGUCUUUGUAAGUGCAAUCCCAGGAGCCCUUGCACCAAUUGUUGAGGCUUGGGGAGAGUUGGUGUUUGAGCAAGGAGGUUUGGAGGGAGCGAUUGUGGUGAAAUUUGGUGUCUGAUAAGUGCUACUGUUUUUUAAAGGGGUUUUCAAGUGUUUUUAGAAGUUAGAGGGUGUUUGCAGGUUUUCCCCAAUGGAGUUUCAAAUAUACGCAAUUUCACUUAAACGUGCAGUGCCUUGGAACGUAACUCCUGUGUUAAUGGAGAGUUGCCUUUAUACUUUUUUUCUCAUACCAUGCAGAGAUCCGCUUCUCUAGCUUGGGGUUAGUUGGCUGUAAACCAGGCUACAUCUUGCAGUCUACUUUGAUCUCAGGUUAUAGAUAUCAAAGUGCAUGACAUGUACAUGUUGCAUUAUCAGUGAACUAUGGUGGAUAUAAAUUCUUCUUUAAAAAAUGUGAGCUGAGGCCAGUUCCUAUUGCAUAUAUUCCAAAGCGUUCUGUAUCUGAAUACAAACAUAAUAAGUGCUAUUCAUGUAUUUGCUUUAUAGGCUGGUAUCUAAGUAAAAAUGUCCAGGUUAGUUAAUGGCAAGAGAUAAUUUGUCCCACUGUGGCUAAAGUGUAAUGGGAAGAAUAAACCUUUCAAAUGUUGCCUCCCCUUUUUAUGCCAAGACAUAUACUUCUACGGUAUUGUUUACAAUCACUCUGUGAACCAUUCAUUAAGCUUCAUGGCUAUUCCAGUCCUAUUCAAGCAAACAUGUAUGAACUGACAAAGCACCUGCAAGCGAGCACCAUGAAUAUAUUGUUUUUAAGCAUCCAAAAGUAUGCAGGAUGAUUAAUGAAGGCAAGUAAGGGCACAGUCUCUGCCCCUGAGGAGCAUGCAGUUGCCAUUGAAACAUGGUAUAGCAAUGAAUACACCAACAGAAUGGGGUCUGCUAAGGAGCAGAAUAAGUCUUUCUGAGACAUCAUCAGUACACCAUUGACACUGUAAGCUUGCAUAGUGUGAUGCACACUCACUUCAAGGGUUCACCUAAAUUAAGGUGAGACAUGGAUCUCUGAGCAACCCAUAGACGUGCCUGCAGGUAGUCUUCAGGGAGAACACAUUUGCUCACAUGGACAAAUUGUGGUCUCCUUUAGACGAAGAUGUGGGAUAUAAAUUUAAUAAAACAAUUUGUACACAAGUCAGCUUCUUGGAGCAGAGAUAGGCACAGUUGUUUCAAUCAUGUGACGAGAGCUCAAAUAUGUUCAGAUCUGUUCCACAUUAUUUCCAAAUGCACAAUUUACCGUAUAUAUACAUGAUCUAGGAUUGGUUUGGCCACCACCGUAUCUGAAUGACUCAAAAGCUGUUCUCUAAAUUAAACAAAUGGCAGCCUUCUGCAACUUGGUGUCCUCUAAGUUGUUGGACAAUGACUCCCAUUAUCCCUGACCUUUGCCAUGCUCUCUAGGGCUGAUGAGGACAGGAGUCCAACAAAAUCUGUAGAGCACCAGGUUAGCUCCAUCCACACGGAAAAGCUGGGUUGCUGCCUCAUUGACUUGGAGAAGUCCAUGAAGUGAACCUGCACAGAACCAAGUGCAUGCUGCAGGCCCCAUUCUCUUGCUGUCCUCAACUGGAGCAUUACUAUCACAGAACAACUUUACAUUAUUUCAGCUUCUCUGCUUGUCCUGCAAUCUACCACACUUCUUUUGCAAGCUACCCUUCCGACAGUGGUAGUCACUGGGGCAGCACAUUGGUUGUAGAGCCCCAACACAGCAUCUCUCCUUUACCAGUGUAGCCCAACUCCCAGCCAUUCACUAAUCAGCCAAUUAUUUCUGUGACACCUUAGCCACCCACAUUCCCUACUUUUUUAUUUGACUCCGUGCUCUGCAGGGAAUAGCAGGGUAGAGAACAUUUUUCAGCCUGAACGUCACAUUUUCUCAUGGGCAACCUUCUUGGAGGCGCAUGUCAGUGGUGGCUGGGGCAGCAAAUUAUUAUUAUUAUUAUUAUUAUUAUUAUUAUUAUUAUUAUUAUUAUUUAUUAGCCUGCCCAUCUGCCUGGGUUGCCCCAGCCACUCUGGGCAGCUUCAAACAUCAUAAAAACAGAGCGAAACGUUGAGCAUUAAAAACUUCCCCAUACAGAGAUGUCUUUGGAGAGUUGUGUAGUUGUUUAUCUGUUUGCAUUUGAUGUGAGGGCACUCCACAGGGUGGGUGCCACUACUGAGAAGGCCCUCUGCCUAGUUUCCAGUGACUAGCAGGUCUGUACAGUAGGCUACAGUCCAGUCCUGCAAAAGUCAGAGCAUGUACAACUCCUCAUCCAGGCAAGCAAGAGGCAUGAUUUACAGCUCAAAGACACAUUCCAGCCAAGCAAAAGAACUGGAGGAAGGUGCAGUGAAAGGCUAGUGAAGGGUGUGGUCAAAUAGCAAGGCCUGGAGGGCUGCAGUUGACCCCAGGCCCGAGGUUCCCCAUCCCUGGUGUACUGGGGCUAGGUCUGUGCCAGCUCAAUGUUGUUCAGUUUUGGAUGUUUUCCUCCACUCCCUUGCGCUGGGCUCAAUAAAUCCUCAGAACACACCCUGUUUUUGCAUCUAUGGCACAAACAGCAACUGGCAAUCCUGCAAAGAUAGGAGGGGGUGCAAAAAUCUUUAGAAUUUACCCAUUGACUCCUCAGUAGGAGUCUGGUGGGAUAGAUUCAAGUGAGGUAGUGGAUGUGGGAAAGCCCCUCUCUUUAAAACUCCCACCAAACUGAUAUAAAUCCUCCUCCUCCUUCAUUAGAGUCAGCCCCCAUGUGAUGGAAAGGGAGUGAGUGGGUGUGAAGCCUUCCUUCCCCUGGCUGUCCCAUUGUUAUCCGGGCCAUAAAGGGAAGCAGUUGGAGAUGCGGGCUGCACUGCGGUUGUAUAGACGCAGCCGAUUGUAUUUCUUCCCAAAGCAGUAAACAUUUCUCUUUCCUUGAUGGAUCGUGUAAUCUAGGUUUGAAAGGAAAUGUGUCCCUGUGCCAUUUGGCCCAAUCCUACUUGGCGUACUCAUCCCCCGGCACGUACAGGCACAUGCUCACACAUACGCAUUGUCACUUGGAUCUGGGAUUAGGUUGCAGGAAUUCCACCCCCUGACAAGACAUGUAUCCCCUUGCAGAAGACAGCACCUGCCUGCUAGGAAAUCCCUGUAUGUUAGAGGAGCAGACAAAGUACCAGAGCAAAUAAAAGUAUGUGAAGGUUGCUCAGAUGAGGCGGCACCCGAAACAGCAAAGCAGAGUGUACGUGUGUCUUCCUCUCCAUCAGCUGAUGUGUGGGACUAGGAGAGAAUGACGUUUCCAGGACUCUCCAAAAGUGCAUCAUGCUGAUGGGGGGGAAAUCCCUCCAGUUUGCUUUUAUUUGAAGACCUGCCAUUUGCAUGAAGGAUAGCUGGGAGUAAAGGUCCUCUGAUCAUCUUGGUUGGCGAGGACUGAGGGUUAGAAUGUCAAAGGUGAACCAAUACUAGAGAGAGAGAGAGGGAAAGAAAAUCCAAAUUCUUAUUUUACAAGACCAUCGUUAAAAUGGCAUUUCUCUCUUCAUGAAGAACAGACUUCUUCAGGAAGAGGAUUUCACUGACAUAUGAAAGGGAGAUAGUUUGUCAGGUUUCCCAGAGGUGACCACCCAUUGCUGGGUGUGGCAGCAGAAGGGUUAAAAGGCAUUUCCCCCAAAUGCGGAAGCCAUGGCCUUUGGGUAUCUCUUGCUAGGUUCUGCUGGGACUCGUUGAUGUUGCUCCAUGCUGAGGAAUGUCACGGUGCUUCCCCACCACCACCCCAAGCACAAUUUUGAGAAAUGACAUCUUCAAAAAAAGGUUAAAAAUCUGCUUUGCUCUUCCAGUCCUCCAGGUGUGCAGAAUGCACGCACCCCACCCUGGUAUAGCAUAGAGCUGCAGCAGUUAAUCACUUGUAAGGCACAGGUUUCCAAAAGCUCGGCUGGGACCUUGUGGGUGGGCUGUCAGGUUGGCAAGAGUGAGGGUAUCAACCUGGCAUUGCCUGGGUCACAUUUUCCGCAUUGUCAGUUUAGGGUUCCCCCUCCCCCUCACUUCACGCUAUCAUUUUGUUUCCUAUGAGGAAAGGAAAUGUUUUGGCUUAAACAGAAUGAUCUGUUUAGAAGUGAAAUAAACUGCCUUAAGGGAGGAGAGGAGCCAGUACCAAGAGGGCAUGUAUGGCUUUUGUCUCUUUCAGUUCCUUAAUGAGGUAGGCCAGGAGUUACUUGAAUUGCUCUUAUUUCUUGGAACAAAAGAAACAAACUGGGAGCAAGGGAAGGUGUUAGAGCUUUCCCCUGCAGUUUGCAAACCAGAAGGCGUCCUUUUCAAUCUCAUCUUCCAUGACACUGGCCUGACACUCUAGAAUCAAUGACUUUUCAAAUAAAACGGAACGUAGAAAUGCACUUGGUGUUCCGCUCUGAGCCUUGAGAACUUCUUCUUCUUCUGCUACCACCCCCAGACUCCAGUUUCACAAUCUUUGUUUCCUUGGGGCCAUGAUGUCAGGAUGAAAUAUAUUUCCGGCCGGAACCUCAGAAUAACCAUGAGGAACUACUGAGCUGUAAUGGGGCUGCUAUGGGGAACGUUGUGGAGCUGCAUAGCUCAUGCCUCCCUUUUUUCAUGGGAACUUCCCAGGACUUUGCAGCACUCCCACAUUCAUAUGGAUUUGGCAAAAAGGUGUGGCUCCUAAGCCUUCCCUUGAUCACAGUCUAUUAUAUCAUGCCUACAGGGUACUAAACUGGCUGGCUUUUCCAUUCCUACCUUCGCAGACUUUAUUAUAUAUGGUCCAUGACACAAAAAAUGUCAAGGAGGGGGGAAAGUGAUUCUGUGCUGGCCCUACUAUUUGACAGAAUGAAGCAGCUGCCUUGGGCAGCUGAUUUCGGAUGUCACAAAAAGGCAGCAAAUUUUAUUAUUGCUGUAUUUUACUUCCAGGAAGGGAGAUGCUUGGAAGAUUUUCUGCCUUGAGUGCCAUAAUAUUUUGGGUGGCCUUGGGUUCUAGUCACCUUGGGGGGGGGAACUACUCUUAAGGCUAAAAGAGCAGUAGAUGUUGUAGAACAUUGAAAUAAUCCAAAGAUAUGUGACUCUUUUAGAACUUUGGAAACCAAGAUAAUCUCUGAUUGUGAUUUUAGAUAGGACUGAAUUGCACAGGUUAGUUGGCAACAAAAAGGGAUGUAAAAUAGUCCAAAUUUGGAACUUAGCUGCUAAGCAGUCCAAAGGUGCAUGGCUCCAGAGUCCUCUUGAGAAACAGAAGGGAAUAUGCAAUGUGUCCCCUGUGAUUGGCAGACAUUGCAAACUCUUGGAUUGGCCUGGAUAAGGAUCAAUACUAAGAGUCUGACUUGCUGUAAGGGCCGGUCUUGCCAUGAAGGCGGGUUAAGUGAUCUACUUCUGGUAAGCACCACUGUCAAGGGUUGCAGAGGCGGUAGAGCAUUUGCUUUGCAUGCAGAAGGUCUCAAGUUCAAUUCCAAACAGCUCCAGGGAGACCCCAUCCCUGAAGAGAUAUAUGAAUUGCUGAGUGACAGCUCGUUGCGCUCCAUCAGAGACCUUCAGCAGGUCCUUCGGAUAGACUCCGUAGAAGAAGAUAGCUCCACUUCAUACCUGAAUACUACCAGAAUGCAUCCUGGUCAAAAUCCUGUUUCUUUUCUCCGAGGGAGACGAAGUCUAGUUGGAGGAGAACCUGUGGAGCCAGCAAUAAUUGCAGAGUGCAAGACACGGACAGAAGUCUUUGAAAUCUCCCGGACCAUGGUGGAUCCCACCAACGCCAACUUCCUGGUGUGGCCGCCAUGCGUGGAAGUGCAGCGGUGCACAGGCUGCUGCAAUACCCGAAACAUGCAGUGCCGCGCCACGCGGGUCUGUGAGCGCCACAUCCAGGUAAAUAAGAUUGAAAUUGUCCGAAAGAAACCAGUCUUUAAUAAAGCCAUUGUGGCCUUGGAAGACCACCUGGAAUGUCGAUGUGAGGCAGUAUCACCCAGAGUGUUCAGCCGGCCAAACUCACGCGAGCAUAGAGCAGGUGGGCCGCCACUGAGCACUCGGGCUUCUCUUCCAGCAAGGGCACGAGCGCACCGGUUGCCGCCACAAAAGAGGAAGCAUCGGAAGUUCAAGCAUGUCCACGAUAAGAAGGCCCUGAAAGAAAUCUUCCCAGCAUAGAAGAUGCCAGCGGGCAAAAGUGCAAAUGUCAGGUUUAUUAUUUAAUAUAUUUGCUGUAUUGCCCCCAUGGGGCCCUCAGAGUUUCUCUCCGUCCAUCCGCCUCAAUGCUACUUUUGGACGGCCAAUGGUGCUUCCUGAUCCCUUGCUCGCUGGACGUCCUCCCACCAAAGUUUACCCUUCGACUUCUCACCUAAUUGCAUUUCAGCAUUCUCCCCAAAGGAAGAAACCGGGGUGGGAAAUAAACGGAAGAAAGAAAACACAGCCAUUUGGAUGGACAGUAUACUGCCUGCUGGAGCAAAGACUUGUGGCCCCGAUCUCCUUUUGAAGGAGGAGGCUUGAUUUCCCCACCACCACCACCACCCUCUUUCUUCCUCCUUGCUCCCAUCCAGACUGUUAGCUGGGCUCAGGCAGCUUACAGCGCAACAGAUGCAAGUCAAGGCAGUCAGAGUGGCAACCAGUGACAGCAAAUGCACUAAGGACUUUUAUCGUGAUGUCUGACUAGAUAUCUUUAAUGUGUGUGUGUAUGUGUGUGUGUGUAUAUAUAUAUAUAUAUAUAUAUAUGUUUUAUUUUUAAAAACCACUAAAACAUGCCAUGCUCUGGGAAUAGAAACAAUGAAAGCAAAAUUCAUUUGUCCAACUGCGCUUUCUGCUGCCAGCUGGGGGUGGGGAGGGACAGUGAACAGGAAAGGAGCAGCCGUACUGUAGGGAACUACUGGUCCCCCCGCACCCAUCCAGGGAGCUGCUUGGGUUAAAGAGGCCUUCUUUGCACAUGAUUAUGGAGGGCUUGAUUUAUCCUGUGGCUACUCUCCUAUUGCAGCUGGAAUUUGAAACCCCCCCCCCUUUUUAAUGACUCGCUAUGAGGUUUUCUUAAUGGAUUUGCAUUCAGUAAAGUGAGGAUUACCACCACUGGAUAAACUGGAACCCCAACCCAACCGUUUCCAUGAGAGAGGCUUUAUAUUUUAAUGGGAUGGGGUGGGUGGGUUAGUCAUAAUAGCCGUAUUAGAGCAUGUUCUUUGAAUGACAAUCAAUGCCACCUCUGUUUAAGAGAUCUCAAGCAGCAGUGUAGACCGAGAAAGAGACCUUUGCUUGGGAUCUUGGAGAGCUGGUGCUCAUCGGGGGUCAAGCAGCAGCGGGUUGAGCAGAAUGACUCUGUGAUUAUCACCAGCCCAGCCCAUAUCACAGGUCCCUUGUGUGCAACUUUAUUUCCAAGGCAGUGUUAUUACCAUCCCUCCUAUGAUACAGCAGUGAAUAUGCAGAUGCUAACUCAUCUUAAUAACCUCAGGUGAAGAUCAUCUGAUUGGAUGAAAACAGAGCUGCGCCAAGCCUUGUAACAGCCAUAAAAGAUCGCACGAUGCACCGAGUAGUUGCGCCUGUGUGCCAAGUGGUGCUUUGCACCUCACCCUCUGUUCCCAGUGCUGCCCAACCAGAGUCCCUGGACAAGGAGCCAGUCAGUAGCAUCCAAUGUAUGCGGGGGAGGCAAAGAAGCUGAACAGAGAUAACUGGCCCUCUUUAACCACUGGCUAUUUUUAAUCUCUGUUUUUCUCAGCUGUCCUAUAUUUUGUCUCUUCAAAGCUGGGAACGGUUAUCUCUUUAAAGGUUCACAAGCCAUUCCAGAUCACCAAAGAAUAAUAACUGCUGAAGGUUUUGUGUGAGAGAGUGAGAGAGAAUGGCCUAUCUUGCAGGGGCCUAUUAUGGGGAGGUAAAAUAAGAAGGAAAGACGUUCACUUUACCUGAGUCAGAGAAAGGAUCACUCACCUGUUUAUCUUUAAAGUGUUGGAGGAAAGCGUAUAGAAGGAUUGCAUGGACAAGACUUCAGAACUUCUACUUUCCACCUACCUCUUUCAGUCUCUAUUCUCUUGCAAAAGAAGACGGGCAAAAACACACACACACCUAAUGAGUGGGGAAAUGGGUAGAGCUGCCUUUGCCAACCUGGUGCCCUCCAGAUGUUUUGGACUACAACUCCCAUCAGCCCCGUCUGGAGGGCAUCAAGUUGGCAAAGGCUGGGAUAGAGUUUGAAUAAAAUUUAGCAAGGCAAGUCACUACUUCUCCCUUGCUCUCUGCCUCUGCUAUUUCUCUGGUCUUUGUGCUAGAUUAAAGCCCAGCAAAAGGCACCUUGGAUAGACCUUAAUGCUUGGAAAGAUUUCCUGCCAUGUCUCAGGUAGACCAGAUGAAGAGUUGAAGCGUGGCAGUCAUGUGUUUGUAAGAAAGAGACAGACACAUCACAAAACUCUACUUAAAAGAUGUAUCUGUGCAAAUGUUUGGUGCAAGGAAAGAGAAGGAAUAACCUGUCCCUGGAGUCACUUUUAUAGGAAGCAUGUGAAGCGCAACAUUUGCCUGAUGGCCAGGUUGGAUUGAAAACCCAGGUUUUCCUCCUUUUCCUGCAAGACUGGCUUAAUCUGUUUUGCUCCAUUCAUUUGUAUGGAACAAGAGGAAAAGGCUACAAACCAGGAGACUGGUAGGACGGUAGGCACACUGACUGCAGGCUCAUGGGACAAACUAGGUCUAGUACUUACACUCUCUUCAGUUGUGGGAGGUGGGGGGAGGGAGGAGAGAGAAAACUUGUGGCUCACACCAUUGCCCCCAUACCUCAGAUCCUGUUAUCCAAAGGGUCCAAGGGGGUGGGGGACUGUUUCCCCCUUGAAUUGCAUUUGUAUGGAGUACAGUACUUGGAUUCAGGUGCCAGAGGCAGGUUCCUGUACUGCCUAAUGCUGGAAUGGGAAACUUUGCCACCUUCCAGGCAAUGUUUGGCACUCCAGUUCCCACCAGUUCAGCCAACAUGGCCAGUGGUUAGGGAACCUAGGAGUUGUAGGCCAAAACCAUCUGGAGGGCCUUGGGUUUUCACUUCCCUGGUCUGUUGUAAUGGGUUGGCCCACUUUUCUCCUUGCAAACCAAGACUAUGGGCUGAUCAAACCUUGCAAAACUGGCAAACAGACAGCUGGCAGUAUGGUCAGGUACUACUGGCAAAUAAAAGAACUAAGCUCACAGCAACAGCUGUGCUCUUUCAAUAUAGUUUCAUGGAGGAGGCCAGUAGCAGGAUUUAAAAAAAAAAAAAAAAAGGCUGAUGGAAACAACACAGAUUUCCUGCCUGCCUACCCGCCUUAUACCCAAA